CAUGACCACUGAACUAUGUUUCUCUUCUCCUGCUGAACUCAGUCGGUCACCUUCACCACCCCGAGCACUUGAACCAACAUUUUCAUCUAAAUAAAGGAGAGGACAGCGCAUGUCAGUUUCUGAACGGGGGGGGUGGGGGGACCACGUUAACGCUUUGAUUCCACUAAUCGUUACGUUUUGUUUUUUUCUUGGCUAGAUACGGAAAAGGGCCCCUUUAAUCUUCCCGCACGGUGAUAUGUUAAUAUACGCUAUUAUGCGCGCGAGCAUUGGAUUAGUGGGCUUCUGUCUGGUAGCCUUUGUCCAACGACCAGCCGGUGCUUCCGUGAGUAGAUCUUCCCAAGAUGUUGACGAGUGUGUGGAGACAACGGACAACUGCAGCAUUGAUGCCAUCUGCCAGAACACACUCAGAUCGUACAAAUGCAUCUGCAAGUCUGGCUAUAAAGGGGAUGGAAAGCACUGUGAAGACAUCGAUGAGUGUGCCAGUGACUAUAAUGGAGGCUGUGUCCAUGAAUGCAUCAACAUCCCAGGGAACUACCGAUGCACAUGCUAUGAUGGCUUCCGCCUAGCCCACGAUGGCCAUAACUGCCUGGAUGUGGACGAGUGUUCAGAGGGUAAUGGUGGCUGUCAGCAGGUGUGCGUUAACAUGAUGGGGAGUUAUGAGUGCCGUUGUAAGGAGGGCUUCUUCCUCUCCGACAACCAGCACACCUGCAUCCAGCGGCCCAAAGUGCGGCUGAACGGGACGAAGGAAGGGCCGACCUGCAUGGACAAGAACCACGGCUGCGCUCACAUCUGCAGGGAGACGCCAAAGGGGGGCAUUGCGUGCGAGUGCCGGCCAGGAUUCCAGCUCACCAAGAACAACCGUGACUGCAAGUUGACAUGUAACUACGGUAAUGGGGGCUGCCAGCACAUCUGUGAGGAAUCGGAGCAUGGGCUGCGCUGCAUGUGCCACAUGAAGUUUGCACUGCACUCUGACGGCAAGACGUGCGUAGAGGAAAGGAGUGUCCAGCAGCAUCUACAUCAGCCACAGCUGUUACCCAAUGAGACGUGUGCAGUGAAUAAUGGAGGCUGUGACAGCACAUGUCACGAUGCUUUAACAGGGGUGCGCUGCAGCUGCCCUGUGGGGUUCACGCUCCAGCCUGACCGCAAGACCUGCAAAGAUAUUGACGAGUGUCGCAUGAAUAAUGGAGGCUGCGACCACGUGUGCAGGAACACGGUGGGAAGCUUCGAAUGUAGCUGCAAGAAAGGUUACAAGCUUCUGACCAAUGAGAGGACCUGUCAAGACAUAGACGAGUGCUCCUUUGACCGAACAUGUGACCACACCUGUGUGAAUUUGCCAGGCAGUUUCGAAUGUCACUGUCACAAAGGAUACAUCCUGUACGGGGUCGCUCACUGUGGAGAUAUUGAUGAGUGCAGUAUAAACCGUGGUGGCUGCAAAUAUGGCUGCGUGAACACGCUGGGCAGCUAUGAGUGUACCUGCCCACCUGGAUACAAAGUGCACUGGAAUAGGAAAGACUGUAUUGAGGUCGUGAAGUGUGCAUCCAGCACGGUGGCCCCCAGAGCAACGCUGUCCUGCAGCAAGACGGGCAAGAAGGAGAGCUGCUCUCUCACCUGUGCCUCAAAGGCUCAUUACCUGGCAGAGUCGGACAGCAGUUACUCAGUCAGCUGCGGUGUCCCUGUCCCCGUGCGAGGCAAGGGCUCCGGCCGAGUGAACACCAGCGCCAGCCAGAGCUGCACAGAGACUCUGGCCCCUCCAGUGAAGCAGACGGCCUCUGUCCGAAUCAAGAACGCCAAGUGUCACCUGCACCCCAAACUCAGGGGACGAGCUGAAGAUGGUGGACGGCAGAUUGGGCCAGGGGGCCAGCUGUGCAAUAACUGCCAGGUCACCUUCGUUAACCUGAAGUGCAACUCAUCCAAGAAGCCUCGAGGUCGGAGGACACGUAACUCGUCUAAUAAAGAGGUCACCCGCAUCACACUAGAGCUGGAGGCACAGAUUAAACCUGGGGACACCACCGGGAGCUGUGACAUUGCCUGCCUCAGGAAGCAGAUAGAGGACAAGAUGAAUUCCUCCAUCAGGGCGCUGAAGAAGUCCAUCAACCAGGAGCGCUUCCUGAUCCGCAUGCAGGGCCUGGAGUACGAGGUGGCGCAGAAAGUGGCACACACCGCCGAGCGCCUGGAGAACUGCGGCCCGGGGCGGGAGCGCGACAGCGGACGCUGUGUCAGAUGUUUGCCUGGUUCGUUUUAUCAUGGUGAGAUGGAGCGCUGUGUCCAGUGCCCUCCUGGAACCUUCCAGGAGCGGGAGGGCCAGCUGGCCUGUGACCUUUGUCCUGGUGGAGAUCGCCACGGCCCACCGGGGGCCCGCAACAUCACUUCCUGCUCAGGUCAGUGUCCAUCAGGCUACUACUCCAGUGACGGCUUCAAGCCAUGCGCACCAUGUCCGCGAGGCACGUACCAGCCAGACCCUGGCAGGACCCUCUGCUUUCCCUGUGGGGGUGGCCUCGACACCAAAAGAGAGGGAGCCAGCUCCUUCCAUGACUGUGAGGUCAAAGUGUCAUGUCCGCCGGGACAUUACUAUAACACCUCUGUCCAUCGCUGCAUCCGCUGUCCUGUUGGAACCUACCAAACAGAGUUCAAACAGAACUACUGUAUAUCCUGCCCUGGGAACACCACGACUGACUUUGACGGUGCCACCAGUGUUUCUCAGUGCAAGAACAGGGAAUGUGGAGGUGAAAUCGGAGAGUUCAUUGGGUACAUUGAGUCUCCAAACUACCCAGGAGACUACCCUGCCAAUGUGGACUGCAUAUGGACCAUCAACCCGCCCAGCAAGCGCAAAAUCCUCAUCGUGGUGCCUGAGAUCUUCCUGCCAUCUGAGGAUGACUGUGGAGAUGUGCUGGUGAUGAGGAAGAACUGGUCGGUGACCUCCAUAACCACGUACGAAACGUGUCAGACAUAUGAGCGUCCCAUUGCCUUCACGGCACGCUCGCGACGCCUCUGGAUCAAUUUCAAAUCCAACGAUGUGAACAGCGCUCGAGGCUUCCAGAUCCCUUAUGUCACAUAUGACGAGGACUACGAGCAGUUGGUGGAAGACAUCGUCAGAGAUGGAAGGCUUUACGCCUCUGAAAAUCAUCAAGAGAUUCUCAAGGAUAAAAAAUUAAUCAAAACGCUGUUCGACGUGCUGGCCCACCCCAACAACUACUACAAGUACACGACGCGGGACUCAAAUGAGAUGCUCCCACGAUCCUUCAUCCGCCUCAUCAGCAGCAAGGUGUCAGCCUUCCUGCGACCGUACAAGUAGCCGGAAACUCCUCUCAGCCUUACUGUUACCAGGCCUCAGUCUGCAGGAUUGCAGUGCAUGUUUAACAAAAAAAAAAAAAA